AUGGUUCUAAUAGUACCCCGGGAAAUAAUUGAAUAUACUCCAUCCGCAAGACAUGGCCUCUCAGCCACUCAGGAAGAGGCAUUAAGGUUUUACGGCUGUCAUUUGAUCUAUCAGGUUGGACUAAAACUAUUUCUCAAAUCGGUAACCAUUGCCAGCGCUCAGGCUAUUCUCCAGAGAUUUUAUUAUAGACGAUCGCUUACUGAUUUUGACAUCAGGAAAACUGCAGCUGCUUGUACAUUCCUAGCCACCAAAUUAGAAGAAGACCCUAAAAGAUUACAUGAAGUGAUUAUGACCUUUUAUCAUAUCGGAGGAUUCCAAAAAGAGCCCCCUUCUUCCAAGGAUACCGAUGACUUUAUGCAUAUAAGGGAUGAUAUUUUACGAUGUGAAAGUUACAUUCUCAGAGAACUUGGAUUUAUGAUAUCCCAAGCACUAGUGCAUCCACACCGUUACAUCUUACAAUAUGUAUACGCUCUGUUUAAGAAUCUAAAUGAAUACUCCCAAUAUAACGUCAAAGAUAUGGCCCAAAAAGCAUGGUCGUUUCUAAAUGAUAGUUCAAAAACCCCAUUAUGUUGUCAAGUACAGCCCUGGGUAAUUGCUGCAGGGUCGAUUUAUCUGGCAGCUAAUAGUCUGGGAAUCUGUUUAUCGCAAGAGUGUAAGUGGUGCGAGAUAUUUGACACAACAUGGGAAGAAAUCGAUUUUGUUUGCCGCACAAUUACAGCUAUAAGUGAUAUUAAAGUACCUGAAUUCUUCAACAUUGUGACUGAGGAUGCAAUUGUAGGUUAUGAUAAUAUACCGGAUAAGAAACCAGCCCCUCCUAGUGUUUGUACUGGCAACAUUGUAAAUGCUAACGUAAGAAAGGAUAAUAAUAUUAAUGGCAAAUGUGAUAAUCAACACUCUGGCGUCGAUAAAUACCAUAAUACGGAUGAUGUGAAUAAUCAAUAUAGUAUUCGAGAUAGGAAUGAGGAAUAUAAUGAUAGACACAAUACAUAUUAUGAUAAUAAAUAUUAUCGCAUUAGGGACUACAGCAACAAAGACAGUCACAGGGACAGAUAUAGAGAACGUCAUAGUAGGGAUAAAAAUUACUAUGAUGUACAUAGGAACUAUAGCUGUAAGGGCAUAGGUAAAGGCAGCAGGGAUAGAGAUAAGAGAGAUUAUGAUAUAUAA